CGCGUCGCGACUGACCGAAAUCAGUGCUUGGCGAGAGCGUGAUGUGGAAGCAAGUCGUGCUCGCGGCCGCGUUGUCGGCCGCCCUGGCGGCGGCGGCCCCGGAGGCGGCCACGGCCCUCCUCGCCUGUCCCGAGCAGUGCCAGUGCGGCGGCCAGCGGCCAGAUGCGUGUCCCGAAGGACGGCCACUCGUGGCCCGGCCAGAUUGUUUCCAGUGUUGUGUGGUGUGCGCUCGAGUGGCUGGCGAACCCUGCGGAGACCCCGAUGUCGCCUGCGCCGCCCACCUCCAGUGCGUCGACAAAAAGUGUAGAGAACUGCCAAAGGAGCUGCGUGCAUCGCAGGUGCCGAUUGAAAUUCUGCACGUCGCGCCGAUCAGCCACACGGCCGCCGAGAUUUUCAUUAGGAUUCCCAGAGAGGCGGGCGACACGUCCAAAUCGUUUGAGAUUCAAAACACUCUCUCACCCAAGGGUCCUUGGAAUGCCGUCCAAAUCGCGAGGAAAACGCCUGCCUGGGAUGACAAGUCAUUCGUCAUCCAGGUCGAAGGUCUCAAGCAGAAGGAGUCGUACCUGAGGGUCACCCUGGGCGAGUUCAGGUCGAAGGGAUUCAAAGUUAUUCUCGCCAACGGGCGCAAAAGCAGCAGCAACAUGAGGAAAUUGCUGUUCGCCGAGCCCGAGGAAGAAACAGGAAAAUCUGACGCAAUCCCGUGCAUGUACGAGGGCAAGGCUUUCAACCCAGGCGAGGCUUAUCUAAGCACAAAUUGCUCGGAGAGGUGCGAGUGCGAUGGAAAAGGCGUUUUCAAGUGCAUCGAAACUUCUGACGAAACCACAGCUGCGUGCUCCAAGAUAACUGACAUCAAAGGCGAAGCGUUAACAGUGGUCGACUCGAGCAACGAAACCCUCACCCUGAGGUGGCGUGGUCACCAGGGCAUGAUCCUGCAAUACAGGGAAGAGGGCACCAACGACCCUUGGCAGCGGACUGAGCGCUUGACCCCGGACGGCACCCAGGAACCCGCCACCAUCACGAUUAAGGACCUGCACUCCCUGACCACGUAUCAGGUUCGCACCCUUCUGCCAGGACAGGAGGAGGGACGGUCUGCCAGGGGAGAGGAUGUGCCCACUUUGGGCACAACUAGGCCUGUGGCUGAUCAACCCGAGUCUGGAUUCUGCGUUGUUCUAGGAAAGAAAGUACCAAGUGGUGAUGAAAUCCCCAGCUCGCAAGGAAGCUGCAGCGAGCAGAAGUGCAUUUGUCAGCCGGGCCAGCCACCAGUUUGCAAGCAGCGUUGCAGCGUACCUUUCUUCCGCCGAGGAGCCUUCAGCCAGGACGAACUGUGCACAGAAAAGCCCUCGCCCGAUGACAGCUGCUGCGUGAUUCUGCAGUGCACCAAUCACGGUGAGGAGCACAACGGCCACGACGCGUGCAAUCAGUGCGGCGAGAACACCGAGUGCCACAAAGCGGCCGUCGGGUCCGACGAGGCCCUCUGCAUGUGCAAGGAAGGCCACAUCGGGGACCCUUACGACAAGAAGGAGGGCUGCAAGCCAACUUCACCGCUGCUAGAGGGAAGGGAGCUGAAAAAGUGCUUCUACAAGAACAACUCGUACUCCAUAGGACAGCUUUUCUACGACGGAUGCAAGCAGAAGUGCACUUGCAAUGGCCAAGCUGAAAUUGAAUGCGAGCCCCGUUGCACAAAAAUGCCUGAGAAGGCGCCCGAGGGUUGCCAAAUGGUGACCAACCCUGAAGACGUGUGCUGCAAAAUGAUCAAAUGCGAAGAUAAGUCUGAGAAACUGGUUACAGGGGUCACUUACACAGAACAAGGAGCUCCCGUCAAAGGCUGUGGGUACAAAGAGAAAGUGUACAAAAAGGGUCAAACCUUCUUUGACGGCUGCGAGAAAAGUUGUACCUGCGGACAAAAUGGAGAGGUGGCCUGCAAGCCUAGGUGCCCUCCUCCAGAGGCCAACCUCUCUGACAAAUGUGUCGCCGUGCCUGAUCCCAACGACUCCUGUUGCUCCAAAGUUUUGUGUGACGUCGGCGAGGAGAGCAACGAGAGCAGAAAUCCACCAUCCAGUAUUGAAGCAGAGGACAAAGAGGUCAAAGGCAUUGACAUCGACGGCGUGAAAGCUUUCAACAGCUCCUCUGCCAGGCUGAUUGCGCAUUUGCCAAACAACAUGACUUGGCAGCAAGGUAUCCCUGAAUUAGCCGUGUUCUACUCUAAAGAACCAAACGGGCCGUGGAGCAAGGCGCCUGUUAUUAGCACGAAUCCUGGUGUGAAGUCGGACUUGGAAAUUUACGCCAGCGGACUGCCAGCAGGCAAAAUUUACUUGAGAGUAGAAAACGGUGCGCUAAAGAGUAGAGAUUUUAGUAUCACGCUUCCUGACCCUCCAUCUACUGUCACUCCUGGAAAAGAAUGCGAAUUCAAGGGAAAAGUCUACAAAAUAAAUGAGGAAUUUCACGAUGGAUGCGAGGAAUAUUGCGCUUGUACCAAAACCGGAAUCCAAUGCGCCACUAUUGAGUGCCCAACAAACUUUGGUUUAGACGUGCUCGACCCUCACUGUCUUGACUGGGAAAAAGACCCUGAGUUCGUUGCUAUUCCCCCAAGGUGCUGCCCUGACAUGCGUUGCAAGAGCAAUGGGACCUGCCACUACCAGGGAGAAAUGUUUGACAACUACGCCGAAAUUCCAUCCAAGCUGACGGGUUGCGAGCAGAGGUGUUACUGCGAAUUUGGCAACGUGUCCUGCAGCCCAGCUUGUCCCCCGGUGCCAGCCACCCCUCCUCUCACCAUUGGAUGCGACCCCAGCGAGGCUAGGUUGAGUCACCUUCCGGGCGAAGACUGUUGCCUCUACUGGUUGUGUCCUCAGCCUCAGGGUUCAAAGCCAGCUGCAGGUAACCCAAAAGGACAGAUUGAAAAUGACCCGAUGACUAAACAGACUGAGACUGCCAUUUUCAUGCCCACUCCCAUCCCAGAGCUAAAGACUUUGAAAGACAGUAAUAAACAAAAAAGCAAAGACUCAAAAGUGCCUUUGGUGCUGAACCCUGACUCACCUUCCGUAAAACAAAUAAUGGAACCCAUCAACCCCGGCGUGGCUCCAACCCCAUUCACACCCCCUAAAUCCAAGCCCUCGAACUCUCUGCCACCCUUCCUGGGCCCAUACUCCCCCGACUACAAGGAGUCACCGUUCCAAUUCCACGGACAACCCAUCGACCACGGAUUCAUCAACGGGCCCCCGCCCAAGAACCAGCAGCCCCUGCCGCCAAAGGGCCACCCCCAGCACAUCGACCCGCACUUCCUGGAAGAACUACUCAAGGGGAAAUUCGACCAAAGGGCGCCCCCGCCAGGCCAAGGACGACCCGACGAGCACGUCGUCAGGGGCCAGCUGCCACCCCACCUGCUCCAGCAGAGCGUCAAACCACAACCCCAGGGUGGCUCCAUCCCCGUCGACGGCAAUGGUCGGCCCAUCCUCUCCCCGAUCGCGGCCCACAUUGAGCAGCACUUCCGUCAGCACCCUGGAAAUCAGCAGGGUAGGCCUCAGGGUCCACCCUUUGCCCCUCAGCAUCCUGGUCACUUUGACGAGCAGCCGCCGAACGACUACGACGAGCACUUCUUGCUGCAGAACGGCCAGCUGAUCCCGUUCAACCCUGCUCAGUUUUCACCCCACGACCCGCGUAGACCACCCCAGCAGUUUCCCGGUGGGCAAAUUUUGGCCGCGCGAAACGACACGCUUAUCACUGACGCAGACACCCUGUCCACUAAUACUCACGAAAAAGCACCUGCGAAAGGAGCUCCUCACGGACAUGGACCUCCUAAUUUGCCAUUCCCAUCUGUUAGCACCAAUGAAAUCACCCUGAUGCCACCUAUGCCUUUGGACCCUCGCUCCGUUCGACUCGUCUUCCAAGUGCCAAGAGUUUACAUUGGCCUACACGGAAAGGUCGAAGUCAGAUAUACCGACGGAACCAGGGACAUCAACGACCCUUCCAAGUGGGAAAAGGCGACCACCGCGACGGAUGAACUGAUCGACGGCCUGCAAAUGGCGCACGAAGUGUCCGGUCUAAAGCCGGACACCGAGUACCACUUCCAAAUCGUGAUCCACGUCCGUGAGCUGGGCUCAAUGGAGAGCCACGUGGCCAUAGUGCGCACUCCGCGCGAAACUACCUCCUCUGGGAAUCCACAGGUCUUGCCCGUGGACGCUGGUCUGUCCAUCGCGCAGGUCAACACUACCUGGAUCAAGGUGGCGUGGCGCCAGUUCGCAGAGUACGAGCAGCAGUUCAUCGACGGCUUCCAAAUUCGGUACAAGGCACGAGAGGCUCUCACAUACUCGACCUCGCUGCCGAUCCAUCGCAUGGUCAACUCGUACGUGCUGGACAAUUUGAAACCAGGCACCGAAUACGAGAUCCAAAUCGUCUUCAUUCCCUCCCACGGAAUGGACCUGCAGUCGGAGGCAAAGCCCGUCCAGGCGAUUACUGCUCCAGCAGUGAACAUUUACGGCUUCGACAUCGCGGUGCACGUGGCGAUGGUGAAGGCAAACAGCGUGGAACUGAGCUGGACCGGCGUGCCGGCGCCCGAGGAAAAGUACGUCAACAUCUACCGGGCCGUCUACCAGAGUGACGUGGAGGCCAACAAGCAAGAACUGAGCUCCGUCUUCAAGCUGGUGAAAAAGGACGGUGGCUCGAAUCGCACUCGCACCGUCAUCCAGGCGCUCAAGCCCAGCACCAGGUACCGUAUUUGGCUGGAGGCCUUCCUGACAAACGGCAAAAUCAAGAAGAGCGACGUUAGAACUUUCACCACCAAGCCCGGCCUGCUGCCGUCGGCGGGAGCCUCGGAAAGAGUCGCUGAGCAGCCUCGCGGCGAUUAUUACGGCGCGCUGGUCGGCGUCUCCGUGUUCGCGGCGCUCUUGGUCGUCGCCCUGGUGAUCCUGCUGAUGAUCAUGGUGCGCCGACAGCACUCAGUCACAGCCAACAUCACUCCCAGGGGCAAGUCGGAGGCCGCCUUUGACAACCCUUCCUUCAAGAACUCGGAUGAGCCUGCAGUAGUCACGAAUGGCAACUCAAAGAGAACAACGCAAGAAGUCGCCUAGAGUAAAGAGAACUCUCAACGUUUAAAAAACUGCCAGCCAAGAAUAAAUUUUUGCUCAUCCUGGGGUCGAUUUGCCGACGAAAAAGUGAAUUAAUUUUGAAAAAUGAUUGUGAUGCAUGGACAAAUUGAUGAGUUCGUCCAAGUUGAUUUUUGCGUAUGUGAUUGCUGAUUGAGAUUGUUGCCGAGCUCAUAUUUCGUUGAAUCUAGUGACAUGUUUUCCCAAACGUUGCUGCAGGUAGACACGCGAUUAAGACUGCAUUUUACAUCAAUUUUCAUAUGCGCACACACGCACAUUAGCAAACACGCAUAUUUUUUAUGAAUCUCCCAUCAACUCGACUGAAAAAUAGAUAAACAAACACACGCUGUCCGCCAACUCGACGAUUUUCUUUCUGGUGCUCGCCAGAAGUUCAAUAAUCGAUUUCUCACAACUCCGUCCACCUCCGGUUUGUUUCUUAUCAUCAAUCGUUGCUGUGUGAAUGAACUUUUAUUUAUUAGUUUUAAUAAUUUCUGUUAAACAAGUUUCAUCUUCCAGAGUGAAUUGCGGUGACUAGCAAAAUCAGAUAAUAAUUUAACGUAACCGUUACGAGUACUUAUGUUAGGCGGGUAUAAAGAAGUCACACUUUUUGAAAGUAAAUUUAUUUUACUAAUUCAGCAGGCGAAAUUUUGGGCAACGUUUUUGCUGCUUGUGCCAUCAAGAGCCCUGAUUUAAAAUUUCAAUCUCAGAGAUAUUAUUGUACAUAGAACAAGACAGUUUGUGUUAUGAAUCACAAGAUUAACACGUCAAUAAUGUUAUAAGAACGCUAUUAUAUUAUUGUGUAAUAUUUUAUAUGAUGUGAACAAUACCACUGCUAUUGAAUAAAGCGAAUUUAAAUAUAAAAGCA